GAGCUUGAGAGAGCAAGCGCACGAGAGGACACAAAUUCAAUGAGAGAGACAGAGAGUGUUAAAAAAAUAAGCACAGCAGCGGUGGCAGAUUGAGUGAAGGCGAUAGUAAGAGUGACAGAGCGUGCUUCACAUGAGAGGAAGACAAACAGCGAGGACACUGAAAGAAAGUAAGAGAGAGAUCGUGUGUGUGUAGUGCAGCGUUGCGCUGGUCUGCUCCGUUAUCUGUCUCCAUCUGGGUGCCAUCUGUGUCUCUGGCUCUGGCCUUCGCCACACUGGAGCUCACAUAUGUGGGAAUGCAAACACAUGCCUGACAUAUGAAGGCGUGGAGUCACAGAAAGAGACAAAAAGGAAAGGAUAAGAAAGCAAACCCCCGCCACUGCAGCUGACUUUCUCAAAGGACUGAAGACUGGACUCUACUAGAGUGGAGACAGUAGAGAGAAGAAGAGCCCUGCCAUGCCCGGUUCUCCUGUGGAUGCUAAGACUCAUUCCAGAUCAGCCCCCAGCAGCAGCGCCAGCUCCACGAUGCCACCCCUGCCUUCUGUUAACCCCAGCGGCCCUCGCCCGGCCUCCUUUUCCACCACAGCAUUGACCAAUGGGAAUCAUCAUUCCCCACCAACCCUGAAUGCAGUGCCUUCUCCACCGCAGCGUUACAGCAACGGACCAUCCUCUUCCUCUUCCUCAUCGCUGGCAAACCAGCAGCUGCCGGCCACCUGUGGGGCUCGCCAGCUGAGCAAGCUGAAACGUUUCCUGACCACACUGCAGCAGUUUGGCAAUGACAUCUCUCCUGAGAUUGGAGACAGCGUCCGAAGCCUAGUUCUGGCCCUGGUGAAUUCGACAGUUACCAUUGAGGAGUUCCAUUCGCGGCUUCAGGAGGCCACCAACUUCCCCUUACGGCCCUUUGUUAUUCCGUUUCUCAAGGCAAACCUGCCGCUUCUGCAGAGGGAGCUGCUCCACUGCGCACGGGCAGCCAAGCAGACCCCAGCCCAGUACCUGUCCCAGCAUGAGCAUCUCCUGCUAAGCACCACCUUGGCCUCUUCUCCAGACUCCUCUGAGCUGCUGAUGGAGCCUCCUGAUGCUGGCUCUAAGAGACACAGCCCCGGCAGAGGUAAAGAGAACGGUUUCCACGAACGUCCACCCGUAGCCAUGGAGCCCGCCGCAAAACGAAUUUGCACCAUUAGCCCUGCUCCCCGACACAGCCCUGCCCACCCACUGCCCCUCAACACCCAGCUUCACCCGACCCCUCCACCCUUGCAGCACUACGCCCUGGAUGACAUUGCAGCACCACACAUCCUACACCGCGAACACAGCCAGCGCAUGUUGGAGAUCCGCGAGCUCAAAGACAGGCCCAGACUCCCUGGCACUAACGGGGGCUACCGCGAGGAGCCGGUGGACCACAGACUGACAGACCGAGAGUGGGCUGAUGAAUGGAGGCAUCUGGACCAUGUGCUGAAUUGCAUUGUUGACAUGGUGGAAAAGACACGGAGGUCAGUGAGUGUGCUCAGGCGAUGCCAGGAGUCCGAUCGCGAGGAGCUCAACUACUGGAGACGGCGUUCGAGCGAGCAGGAGGACCCACGCAAAGGAGGCUCGGGCUCCGCUCCCUUCUCCAAGACCCACAGCCCCCCCUCUGCAGAGUCGGACUCCCAGCGCGACUUUGCUCCACGGCCAGGCUCAGCAUACGUUACAGAUGAGAUCUGGAGGAAAGCUGAAGAGGCAGUGAACGAGGUGAAGCGCCAGGCCAUGGAUGAGGUCCAGAAAGCAGUAGCAGAGGCUGAACAGAAGGCUUUUGAGAUGAUUGCUGCGGAGAGGGCUAAGAUGGAAAAGACUUUGGCUGACGCAAAGAGGAAGGCUCAAGAGGAUGCCAUCAUGGUCAUCAAUGAACAGGAGGAUUCCAGUGAGUGUUGCUGGAACUGUGGCCGCAAAGCUAGCGAGACGUGCAGCGGCUGCAACGCCGCUCGCUACUGUGGCUCCUUCUGCCAGCAUAAAGACUGGGAGAGACAUCACCUUAUCUGCAGCCCAGGACUUCAGGCUCAACCCAAACCGGUUUCUGCCAUAACUGCAAGCAGGGCAGCCGCAGUGGCCGCAGCAGCAGCCGGGGUGUCUCCUGUUGGUCUGGCCGGGGUCAAGGCCCUCGACAGCGUGCCCUCGGUCUCCAGCCCCUGUGGAGAGAAGGCUUCAGUUGCUUCUCGCUCCUCUACUCCUUCCACCCCCGCCUCAGCCCCUGAGACCAAUGGACACUAGGAGGCGAUUGGACAUCAGCAACAAACGUUAUCACCUACCCUCUUUCUUAACGGGGAAGAACUGAAUCAGCAGCAAAUCGGAACUAUUUGUGGGUUAAGUUAGGAUAACAGAUUUUUCAUCAUACUCUUUGGCAGAUAAAAAAGGACAGAUUAUGGAUGACUGUUUGAGUGAUAUGUCAACUGGGACUUUGGCUUUGGCAUAGAACAGAAGGACUCGUCUCGAAUGCAUCUAUUGGAUGAACAGAUCUCCCUAACAGAUGGAAACGUGUUUGUCUUCGUCCAAAAAACCCCAACUCUUGGAUCUGCGAGGGGCUGAAAAAAAAACUGACGAUUGAUCUGAGUUUAUCUUUUGCCGCAGGGAGGAAGUUAUGAAAGGAAGGCAUAUGAGAAAAGACAGAGGAGAUUCAAAAACAGUAAGGUUUAAAGACACAUCCCUCUUCGAAACCAAUAUUCUCACUCUGUUGUGUAUAAAUUUAAGAUAGGGAGGUGGUGGUGGAAAAUGUAAACAGUGUAAUAGUACCAGCCAUAAAGCAUCUGUCUUCAUCCUGUAGGACCACAUUAAGAGUCGUCUCUGCAGCUCAUCUGUACACAUAAAUAUUUGCUCGCCAACUUCUUGUCAGGUUUUCAUAUGUGUGAAUGCGUGUGUCAAACGGUCGUGCCGUCAGUGAAUAUUGUACAGCGUAUGAUUACUUUUGUCAAAGCAAUAUUAAAGUGAAGUGUUCAGGUAUCUCAAGCCGUUUCUGCAUCACCAAAGUUUUCAGUCACUAAAGAGAGAGUCGCUGUCAUUGCCUGCAACUGUCCUUGUGAACAAGAGAUGAUUAUACACUAACCCCACAUCUACUUUUAUAACGAGCUUAAUGAGAAACUAUUUUCCAUUUCUGAUCGUCAGACAUUUUCAAAGAACAGAGAGAAAGGUGAUGGUGAUUGGAUCAAGUAAGCGCAGGAAGAUGCAGUUCAGACUUUUAUUCUGGUUGCGGUUUAAUUUUGGCACUUGUUGUUCACGUCACCAGUUGUGUAUGGCAGGGUCAGAUGUCGCUCCAGAAAUCUUCCACCAUUGCAAUAUUUGCAUCAGGGGACAAGGGGUGGUUUGUUAAACAAGUACUCCUUUCAACAAAAGGAGGAAUGACAAAUUAAAUCCAUUUUUCUUUAUUUGAAAUGACAAAAAGGCAGAAAAUUCUCACUGGUGCUUACAUUGCCGUGGUGCAGGUUUAGAGCAGCGACUCUGUCCCACGGAGAAUCUCAGGAGCUAAACUGUAUUUGUAUGUACAGAUCAUUCUGUUCUUUUUUUCUUCUGUCACGGUUAGGUUAAAGUCAAAAGUUUAGUGAGGAACUUUGAUUUAUCGUACUCUGCUGUUACAACUGAGACAAUGUUUAUGUUUUUGUUUGUUGUAAAAUGACUUUGUAAAGAAUAUUAUGAGAGAAUGCCUUUAUUUUGUGAGCCACGAUUUUCUUCGUUCUUUAAACACAUUCUUUUGUUAUGAGGCAUAACUUCAUAUGAAAAAAGAUAUCUUGACAUGAAGUACGAAAUAAAGAAAUAGAAUUACUUCAGAA